CGGUCGAAACAACAAUAAUCAUCCGAGCAGCCCGCGACUUCGUAUGCUUCAGAUUGCAAGUCCGUCAGGAUCCGAACUUGGUCGCACGCUGAAAACUGGCAUGGCGUUAUGAACUAUCGACCCAACGCCCGAAAGGAGGACAAUGAUGACGACAGUGAUGAACACGAUGAUAGUGACGAUUACGGUGGUGAUGUUGAUCUGGGCGACGAUGUCGAUGACGAUGAUGACGAUGUUGAUGACGAUGAUGAUGUCGAUGAUGAUGUUCGUGAUGACGACGAUGAUGAUGAUGACGAUGAUGACGGCGAUGAUGACGAUGUUGAUGAUGGCGAUGAAAACGAAGAGGACGAUGGCGGUGAUUUCGAUGAUGGCGACGAUGUCGCUGAUGAUGAUGAUGUUGUUGAUGACGUUGAUGAUGUUGAUGAUGUUGUCGAUGAUGAUGACGAUGUUGAUGACGUUGACGAGGUUGAUGAUGAUGUUGUUGAUGAUGAUGAUGGUGUUGAUGAAGAUGAUGAUCACGAUGACAAUGAUGGUGAUGAUGGUGAUGAUGAUGAUGAUGAUGAAGAUCAUGACGGUGAUGGUGGUGGCGACGAUGAUGGUGAUAAUGGGGGCGAUGAUGAUGAUGAUGAUGAUGGCAAGCAAGAAUCACGGGGCCGCUCGCGACUUGAAACAAACAAUAUGUCUUCGUCCAGGGGCGAAGGGGAGCCUGCAGCGACCUCCGGGAUGGGAUCUGGAAAAUAUUCUACAAAACGGUCGUCCACGACCUCAAGGAUGUGGUCCGACCACGCUAGGUCGAAAUGGUUCGUCGACUGGUGCUGUGCUGAUGCUACGAACCCAGUCCAACAACCGUGUGGUCCUGUGAUCUUCGUCGAAGCCAACAAGUGCCGCAGGGUUCGGGGGUCUGUCUUGCGGUGGGAGAAUGCGAAAGGCAGUCGUCGACAGUUUUACAUGAAACAUGUGUACGGUUCGAAGGGGAACGUCGUCGCAGGUGCCAAGGGGUCAGUUCUCGACAUGUGUCUGUUCGAGGGGUUCGGAGCGGGUGCUGCGAACACCCCGUUCUACAACGACCUCCGGCGGCAGGGCAAGUUUGUUUUGGGUCGAGAGUUCUUCGACCUGUUGGAGGACAAGGGCAUCGCCCUCGACGUCCCUUGCGAAGUCGGUCCCGACCUGGAACUUCGAUGCCUUUGCGGCCGUGCGGCGGUUGUGAGUCGAGCGGGGAGGGGGGUGAUCUGGGUUCCGGGGAGGCUACACGUGCAGCGGGAGGAUGCCAAAGGUCAGUUUGACGACAGCGAAGAUAAGGGGACACCGCAUCCGCCGUUUUCGCCGUCAAGGGAAAGAGACAGGAAACAAGAUCAGGUCCGGGCUUGGCGUAAGUUUUGUACAACGACGCUCCAUAAGGCGCCUCAAAACAGCUUGUGGCUUCUCGCGGAUCAAAAGGAAGAGGAGGUCAUUAAGAAGCAAAAUGUUGCCCUGCAUUCUUACUUACCUCUGGCGAUGGCCGGGGAAAAUGUCUGGAAACUAGUCGUGGAAUUUUUCAAAAAAUGGGAGACGGGCAGAGUGCUGAGCCACGAUGGGACGAAGUGGACCGUCAAAAAGAAGAAGGUCAAAAACGUAAAGUCUGGGGUCGCCUACAUCCACAACGAAAAAUUGGGCGGAACGGAGGUGGUGUACAACGUCCCCGUGGACCCGCCGAAUAAAAAGGGCAAAAAGGAGAAAGAGGAGGACGAUUGGUUCGUGCAAGUGCCAGACCCGGACGCGCAUUGUUGGAAAGCAAUGGAAUCACUCACGGACAAUGAGAAGUGUCGCGUUAUGAAAAAGGUGCUUGCUUGCGAGGUCGUUUGGGUCCAGGCCAGCUCCCCGUCAUUGGAGAAGUUAGGAAAGCUCAGCGUGCAGGACAUGGUUCAGCUGGUGAAGUGCGACCGCGUGCUGGUCCGGUUGUGGAAUAACUACCAAUUCAAACACGAGAAGAGGUCGGACGCGGACUGGAUCCUAAGGUACCCUUUCCUGAAAUCAAGACUCAAGAGUCGGGAAGUCGCACUUGCCGAAGGCAUCGUUCACAUUAAAUGGAAAGACACGGGGGACGUGACAUCCAUCGCGCCAUUCGCCAACGACCCUUUAGAGGCGGACAUCAGGGGCGCAGAGCUGAAGGAGGCAGUGGCUGCCACAAAGAGCCACAUGUUCGUCCUAGAUCUGUGCGAGCCGGUUGACCUCAAACUGUGGAAGCCCCAAGCGUGGGAGACUUUGAAUUCCUAUCUUCAGACGUGGUGUCCCUCGCAUUGGACUCUCGUUGUUUUCGUGCCGCGGCAGCACAACCUGUCGUUUCUCGCCAGCAUGCACCAUCUAUCUUUCGUCAAGCUGUUGGAAGGGAAGUGGGUGCGGAAAGUGCAGCGAAAAAAAAGUUUCCCCGUUGGGAACAAUUUGUACACGGAGGAAGACCGCAUGUACAUCCUCUUCAAGGGUGACGAUUUGCGCGUCAACACGUCCGUGGUCUACGAGGGAAACCUGCCCACGGGUGCCGCUGCUGCGGUGCGAUUGCCUCAGAGGGUCACCCAGACGGAUGUGUCCGAGAUUCCUUUCACGCCUUGCGACUGCUGGCUGGUGGCGCCUGAACGACAGGGCAGCGUCUACGGGGAUAUGGAACGCAAUCCGACCCAAUUCGUCGGUCUUCUUGAUUUUGUUGGCAAGAAGGGAGAGGGUGUUGUGUUCCUUUGGAAACCACAUGCGCGAAGCGUCUGGGAGCUUCUGAAGGCCGGCCGACACGUUGUUGCAAUGGAAGGGGACUCCGACCUCUUGCAAUUCACGAUGCAGGUGGUGAAAAGCAAGGUCAAUUCGAGUGGGCACAAUUGUGAGUUCAUGGUCGUGAGGCCAACACGGGAUAAGGACAAGUGCUGGUUGGAAUUGACGGAGGACUACUACGAGCUCGACACGAGUCCGUUGAAGGGCAUGGUGGACUGGAAAGUGGCCCCUCCCAGUGGGCCGGACGGUGGUUCCGGGGGGGGGUCACCUGGAAGCGGAGGGGAUGGGGGUGGCGACGCAAGGGGUGGCAAAGGAAUCCCGCCUAUGGGGGAGAGAGGGUCUCACGGCCGCAAUACGACACCGGAAGGCAGCGCCAGGGUGGCGGGUUUCGCCGUCGACCGGACUCCGUCGACCGGCACCCGGCCCGAGGACACGACACACUCCGCCGACCCCCAGACUUCGUCUGUGGGCUCAGCGAAGGACACGUUGGCCGCCUUGGUUGCUCUGGGCAUUCGCUCGGCCGGAAAGCCGAAGUCUGCCGGGAUCCGAACUAGGUCAGGUGAGGAGCCGCCAGAGCGGUCCGGAAAGCGAAGCUGCUCGGGGCCGGGGGAUCCAAGCACGGAUCGAGAAAUUCGCAGCAUUGCGGCGCGGGACGGAGACGUUGGAACGGUGUCGCCUGCGCGGGAGCGACGAUCGCAAGGAUUGCAGCGGGAGGCUGCAAGUGCAGGGUCCGGCGACACGGAGACCACAAAGUCCGCCGAGAUCCAAACUUCAUCGAGCGGGGGGUGUCGUCCAGGGAUUGUCGUGCCGUUGAGAGGGGCAGCGUGCAUGGGGACGGAAGGGCGGUCCUCGCGAUUCGGCACGGGUACCGCAGAAGGGGACGAGUUUCGUGGGAGGGAAGUAGGGUAGGAAACGGAGGAACAGAAGGGAGCGCAAGAAGGGGAGGAAGAAGGGGAAGAAGAGGUGGAAGGGGAGGAAGCAGGAGAAACGGAGCUAAUUGAUU